GAUUUAUUAUAUCUGUUAUUUAUUUCAAUAUUAUUCACUUUUUACAUGGUUUAAUUUUUCAGAUUUUUAUAUUUUCUUUAAUGAAUAUUUAACUUUAUUUUCUUCGUUAAUCCGUAAAAUUCACUAUAAGUUCCAUGCAGUAAGAAAUAAGAGAGGGGAGAAGGAACGACAGAGAGCGAGAGAGAGAGGGGGAUAUAACAUGUGCCAAAGAUUGAAUAGAGGUUAACAUUGAAAACAACGUAAAAUUAAUGUCUCUGUAAUCUUAAUUACAAAUGAUACAAAAAUAUUGAUCUGUCAAAAGGAAUUAAAUAUUUGAUAAAAUACAUUUUAAAUUCUUUAUUUAUUAAAUGUAUUAUUUAAAUAAUAUUUAAUAUGAAUUUUCGGAGUUCUAUUCAGUUAGGUGAAAAAGUUAAAUUUAUUUUUAAUCCAUUCUAUUUAAAAAUUAACAAAGUAAUUAAUACAGUAAAGAAUUAUGGAAUGUCCGAAAGAUUUAAAGGAACAAUAUUAGAACAUUGGGGAAAUUAUUGGAAAAAUUUAUAUAUAGAUUAUAAAGAAGUUACUAUUGAUACUGUAAAAGACUGUAAAUCACAUCCUAUACGCACAUCAAUAUAUAGUACAGUUUUAGGAUCCACGUACUAUUUAUAUAAACAUAAUCCUGAUGAAGAUUCUUUUCGUGAACAUUUAUUAGAAAAUGCUAUUAAAUUAAUGCAAGUAGGUGAAACUAUUCGUAAUGAAAUAUCGGUACAACACGUAGAAAUAUUAGAAAAAUAUUAUAAUGAAGGUAUUGUACGAAGAUUUAGUAUAGGUAUACUGUCUAUAAUCUGGUUAGAUAAUUAUGACAAAGAAUGUUCUCUUUAUAAAGCUGUCUGUCCUUAUUUAAAACCACGUUACUUAAAUUUUUAUGAAAGAAUAAUAGACAUAGGAUUUUUAGAUAGAUGGUGGAUAUUGGAUAGAAAAAUGAUCGAUUAUGAUAUAAAUAUCAAAGAAUUUGAUGUUAUAUGUUAAUUACAUAUACUAGUUUCUACAGUAAAUGAUUUAAAAAUU